AUGUUAAUAUCCGACAUCAAUACUAUAAUACAGAACGAAAAUUCUUCAACACCAACUACUAAUGAUCGACAAAUACUGGCAAAACUGAAAAUUUAUUCCAAUCUUGCUGAAAUUAUUCAACCACUUGGUGAUCUACCACUGGAAUUUUCUGCUGAAGAUUGGUCUAAUAUUCGUUCUGAUUCAUUGACUCUUAUUGGCUCAAACGUCAAUCUAACAGGGCAAACGAUUACAGAAAAGAAAAACUCAUUCAACAAUCAAUUAAUUUAUGUUCGUUCACCAUUAUCUUCACAAACAGAAACAAGAUUUCUUGAAGCAACAAUGAUUGAUGAAAACAGAAGUCUUGUUAAAUUUGUUGAUAAUAAUAUUAGUCAAGAACCAAUCUUUUUUACUGUUUCAUCUAAUGAAAUACUUUAUAUUAAUGAACCACUUCGAUCAAAAUAUUAUGUUAAUUUCACAUAUGAUGCAACAGAUACAGUAUAUGUUAGUUAUCUUCGUUCAAAUCUUAAUUGGAAAACACGUUAUCAAUUAUAUCUAUUUGAUGAAUCAGAGGAACCAAUAUUGAUUGCAAUGGCUGAUAUUCGAAAUAAUGGAAAAUCAAGGAUUGAUAUCGAAAACGCUGAACUUUUAGCCGGUGAUAUAAAUUUAAAAAUGUCUGACCAACAAAACUCUGGGGCAGAGAAUGGCUUUUACCGCGCUUUAGCUCCAGCGUACAACUCACAAUUUCCAACAACAGUUGAAAAGAGUCAGGAAGUUGCUGGUGUAUAUGUAUAUACUAUUAAUCAAUCAUUUUCUAUUGAGUCAAAAACAAAUUACCUUUUACCGAUGUUUCGUCCACAAGUAAACGUGACACGUUUUUCGUCCGCUUCAACACCAACUACUAAUGAUCGACAAACACUGGCAAAAGUGAAAAUUUAUUCCAAUCUUGCUGAAAUUAUUCAACCACUAGAUGAGUUACCACUUGAAUUUUCUACUGAAGAUUGGUUUAAUAUUCGUUCGGAUUCAUUGACUCUUAUUGGCUCAAAUAUCAAUAUAAUACAAAAAACAAUUACUGAAAAGAGAAACUCAUUUAACAAUCAAACCAUUUAUAUUCGUUCACCAUUAUCUUCACAUACAGAAACAAAAUUUCUUCAAGCAACAAUCAUUGAUGAAAUGAGAAGUCUUGUUAAAUUUAUUGAUAAUAAUAUUAGUCAAGAACCAAUCUUUUUAACUGUUUCAUCUGAUCAAAUACUUUAUAUUAAUGAACCACCUCAAUCAAAAUAUUAUGUUAAUUUCACAUAUUAUACAACAGAUACAGUAUAUGUUAGUUAUCUUCGUUCAAAUCUUAAUUGGAAAACACGUUAUCAAUUAAAUCUGUUUGAUGAAUCAGUGAAACCAAUAUUAAUUGCAAUGGCUGAUAUUCGAAAUGAUGGAAAAUCAAACAUCGAUAUCGAAUACGCUGAACUUCUAGCUGGUGACAUUAAUUUACAAAUAUCUGAGCAACAAAACUCUGGGGCACAGAAUAACUUUUACCGCAAAAACGCUGAAGAGGACGACUCGCAAUUUCCAACAACAGUUGAACAGAGCCAGGAAGUUGCUGGUCUAUAUGUAUAUACUAUUAAUCAAUCAUUUUCUAUUGAUUCAAAAACAAAUUACCUUUUACCGAUGUUUCGUCCACAAGUAAACGUGACACGUUUUGUAAGUAUUUAUAAAACAUAUUUCUAUGGCGUUACAAAAUCGACUGGUAAAGGUGAACGUUCAUAUCGUUUGUCAUCUGAUGUUUUUCUUCCUCGUGGAAAUUGUAUGAUACGUGAAUAUGAUUAUCUCGUUGGUGAAACAUAUUUACCAGAUAUAGCUUCUAAAUAUUUACAUGAAUUUUCAAUUGGUCAAGAUCCAGAUAUUUUUUAUAACGAAACUGUUACAUUAGUUUCAUCGCGUGAGUAUGAAAAAACGAUUCAAGGAAUCAAUACAAUUAGAAAAGAAAGGCAAUCUAUUUACAAUGUUACUGUUCUGUUAAAAAAUUUUAAGAAUAAUCGAUCAAUAAAUGUGGAAUAUAAACAAACAACUCAAGGUUUAUCGGUACGAUUACUAAUGUCUAAUGGUGUUCGGACACAAGAUGGAACUAUACUUGUAUAUAAAACAACAUUAUCUGCUGAUGAAGAAAAACUUAUCUUUUACAAAUUUGAAAUCAUCGAUUUAAUAUAA